GGUGUAUCAUUAUUAGAAUAUGCCUAAGAUUAAAACUAGAUCUAAUCAGAGCUCCUCUAGGCUCUUGAGUAAGAGAGGCGUUGGUCGAGGUAAAGUUGGACGCUUCGUAUAUAGCAAGCUGAGUGAUGAGAAGCAGUAUGAGCCCCCAGUUGUGAGUGAGAAAGAGAGUGAGUCAGAGGUUAAAUCAGAAGCACCACGUGUGAUUAGACAGCUGGUUGUACAACGAGGGAUAGACGGAAGGUUCACACGUACGAGUAAGGAUAGUGAGGCCAACUGCGAGAAGUACAAGGUUGAUUUAACAAAGUACAAAUAUGACAAGAACGAUAGAGUUGAUUGUCGAGGGCAUCGUCCUGAGAUGCAACCACCUCUAUUUAAGCAACCUAAUUUCAAAGGGGCAUAUAGUAAGUGCUCAAAGCACAAUGCAAGACAGAAGAGACAGCAAGGCUCAAGUAAACAUGAGGAGUCCAAAACCGAUGAGGACGUGACGUUUCGGGUACUGGAACAUCUUCAUAUGAGUCAAUAG